AUGGCUGACCUCGUCUGCCCAUCCUGCGACCCUUGGCAGGCCCACCACGCCUGUCCCGGGACACGUGGCAGACCUUACCCGCCCGUCCCGGGGCCCAUGGCGGGCCUGACCCGCCCAUCCCAGGAAAUGUGGCAAACCUCGUCUACCCAUCCUGGAACCAUCGGUGUGCCCACCCCACCCGCCCCGGGACACGUGGUGGGCCUUGCCUACCCGUCCCCGCACCCUCGGCAGGCCUGGACCAUCCUUCCCGGGGCCCCUAGUGGGCCUGGCCCACCCGUCCCUGGCCCACCUUUCCCACAACACAUGGCAGACCUCGCCUGCCCGUCCCGGGACAUUAGGGAGGCCUGGCCUGCCUGUCCUGGGAUACGUGGUGGACCUUGCCUGCCCGUCCUGGGACCCGUGGCGGGCCUGGCCUGCCAGUCCCAGGACACGUGGCAGACCUCGCCCACCCAUCCCAGGACCCAUGGCAGCUCUGGCCCGCCAGUCCCGGGACAUGUGGCGGACCUUGCCUGCCCGUCCCGGGAGCCGUGGUGGGCCUCGCCUGCCAGUCCCGAUUGA